AUCGCAGAGUGGAGAGAAGGCGGUGUUUUAUAUUAACAUUGUUCCAUCACAGUCGCCGUACAGCUGCACUUGCUAGCCAGCUGGCUAGCAGCACUCUCGAUUUGGACAAAUUAAACCAACAAAGUAUAAUCUUUGCAUCGCUGCUGUAAGCUCGUGCCAUGUUUUGGACUUCCAGGAUGACCGCAAACCAAUGACCGGAAGAGACUUGUCAUUUUUAGCAGGUUGAAGAUUGAAGGUGAGACACGGCAGGGACACUCAUGCUUUCCGAUGAGCUGGACUCCAAACCAGAGCUGCUGGUGCAGUUUGUCCAGAACGCUUCCAUCCCUCUGGUUCAGGGUCUGGAGGACUCCGAGCCCAAACACUCCUGCCUUCCUCUGCUGGCCCCCGUUGAAAGCUCAAUCUGCGGCCAGCUGGAACUAACAGGUUCCGAAAAAGUUCUUUCAGAACUCGGGGGCGUUUCAUCGGAACGAAGCCCCCUGGUGGUGCCGACGCACAAUGCGCGGGCGUCCCCCAGCCCCCCGCCCAUCCUCCAUGACCUGCAGCAGUCAGAUGGCACGUCAUACGUUUUCCUCAACCUGGCUAAAAGCAUCACCACCUCUUCCGAUUCCCUCAUUUUUGCCGCGGACGGGGCCGGCGACGAAGAAGACGAGGGCGUGUCGUCGGGGGACUAUGGCUUGGACGGCAGCGCCCCCUGGUAUCUACGUGUGCAGGAACUGGCGCAUGAUAGCCUUAUUGCGGCCACGCGGGCACAGCUGGCUCGGGACGCCAAGGCCAGUCAGGACGCCAGGGCUGCAAGCGUCGCCAUAAACGGCAACCACACGCCACCGUCAGAAGGGGACAAGCGAGAGGCGCAGCCGGCGCCGCCUCCGCCGCCUCGGACCGGGCGUCCCCUCGCCAGGCAGGUGCUCCGCUGCUCGUUUGAAGGCUGCUGUCGAACCUUCACCUGGCCCGCCCACCUCAAGUACCACCUGAAAACACACAGGAACGACCGCAUGUUCCGCUGCGGCGCGGAAGGCUGCGGUAAGAGCUUCUACGUGUUGCAGCGUCUGCAAGUCCACAUGAGGACCCACAACGGCGAGAAGCCCUUCAUCUGCAAGGAGAAGAACUGCGGCAAGAAGUUCACCACCGCAGGGAACCUGAAGAACCACCGACGCGUCCACACCGGAGAGAAGCCUUUCCUGUGUGAGGCGGAUGGUUGCGGACGAUCCUUUGCCGAAUACUCCAGUCUCAGAAAACACAUGCUGGUACAUUCUGGCGAGAAGCCCCAUCACUGUGGGAUCUGUGGCAAGACCUUCUCCCAAUCGGGCAGCAGGAACGUGCACAUCAGGAGGCGCCACGGCGAGGAGGGACUCGCCGCCGAGAGCAGGGAAGCAGGAGAGGCGCUGACACACAGCAGCCUGCUGGAGGCAGACGACGACGACAACAACGGGGACGGGAUGGUCGCCAUGACGACGGGCAUGCAACCCGUCAGUCUCCAUCACGCCAUGCUGAGAUCACCAGGCCCUGCAGACUCGGUGGUGGUCCUCUCUCCGCCACAUGAACUGGUCACCAUGACGACGGAGGGCGCCACCUACGGGGACGUGGUGACGCUCCUGUAGCGUGUCAGACGGCAGAGUGUAAAUAGCUUCUUCGUGAGUGACUUUUGGAAAUACAUAUUAGCCACCAGGAGCUGCCAGCCAUGCUUCUAGCUGUAACAGCUGUGGAAUUCAAUCAAAAAGAAAACACUCCCAAAGAAGUUCCAAGACGGGUUUAAAAAAAAAAAAAAAAAAGUCUAUGAAAGAAAUGAGCAUUUGUUAGAGCCAUGACCUCAACACAGCAUCCACUACAGUCUAUGGAGUUAUGGAUCAUGUAUAAAAACCGGGAAAAGAAAAAGUCAUGAAUGGGAACAAAAGCCACACUCACCGCCUCCCUGCUGCUCAGCGUAUGUUCAGGUGGUCCAACAUGGCGCCCAGGGCCCAACUUGCCUCCACGUUGUUGACUUUCUUGGCCAACUGCAACGUGUAACAACCAAAUAAGUCCAAAUGCCUUUUUGUAUUUAUUGAAAUUAAAUGAGAAGAAACAAUGCUUGGUUUGUCUGAGAGU